AUGGCGAUCUCCACUAGACAAGGAGGAAGAGGAGGAGGAAGGAGAUAUCAAGCGUCGCUGCUACAGAGACAUCAAGGCAGUAAUCGAUUCCCUAAGAUAAAACUUUCCGGUUCAAGAAAGUCAUUUCGGUAUAUCAUAAUAAUACUUGCCUUCAUUGCUCUCUUGCCUCCCAUUUUCUUCCACUUCAAGCUCCGUCGCCUCCAUCAAAUGCAAUUAAAGAAGUGUGGGUGGCUUAAUGAUCCUCCACUUGUUUGUGCUCAUGGUGGUGAUUCAAUCAACGCCUUCCCUAACACUAUGGCUGCGUAUCAUUUAGCACUUCGUUCUAAAGUAGACUGCAUUGAGAUUGAUGUUUCUCGUUCAAAAGAUGGAGUUUUAUUUGCUCUCCAUGACAGGGAUUUGCAGCGGAUAUCUGGUAACAGUGCUUCUAAAGUUGGGCACUUGAGCAUGAAAGAGAUUAAAGAAUCAGCUGUACAUCACCAGUCUGCACAGGAUUUUCAUGAUCAUACGGUUCCCACUUUGGAAGAUGCUUUGGCGUUGAUAUCAAGUUCAGUUCAGCAGGUGAUUCUGGAUGCAAAAGUUGGACCACCAUCAUAUGAAAAGGGACUAGCAAAAGAUAUUCUUGCUGUUGUGAGUUUCUGCUUGCUCCCCUUCAUCUUUUCUCUUUGA